AUGUCCGAUUUGUCAAUUAAAACAAUUGAAACUAAACCUUUCACAGACCAAAAACCAGGUACUUCCGGUUUAAGAAAAAAAGUCACUGUUUUCAAGCAACCCCACUACACUGAAAAUUUCAUUCAAUCAAUUUUGGAUGCCAUUCCAGAAGGUGCCAAAGAUGCCACUUUAGUUGUUGGUGGUGAUGGUAGAUACUACAAUGAUGUUGUCAUUCAAUUGAUCACCAAGAUUGCUGCUGCCAAUGGAGUCAAGAAAUUGAUUCUUGGUCAAAACGGGAUCUUGUCCACCCCAGCCACUUCUCAUGUUAUCAGAAUUAGAGAAGCCACCGGUGGUAUCAUUUUAACUGCUAGUCACAACCCAGGUGGUCCAGCCAAUGAUUUGGGUAUCAAAUAUAACUUGAGUAAUGGUGGUCCAGCCCCUGAAUCCGUCACCAAUAAGAUUUUCGAAGUUUCUAAGCAAUUGACCAAUUACAAACUCAUUGAUUUACCAGAAGUUGAUCUUUCCAAGAUUGGUACUGUCACUGUUGGUCCAAUUGAAGUUGAAAUUAUUGAUUCCACUAAAGAUUAUGUUGAUAUGUUGAAAUCUAUUUUUGAUUUCCCAUUGAUUAAAUCUUUUAUUACCAAAGCUACUAAAGAACAAGAUUUCAAAGUUUUAUUUGAUGCCUUGAAUGGUGUCACUGGUCCUUAUGGUUAUGAAAUUUUUGUUAACCAAUUGGGAUUGCCUGAAUCAUCUAUUCAAAAUUUUAAACCAUUGCCAGAUUUCGGUGGUUUGCAUCCAGAUCCAAACUUGACUUAUGCCCAUACUUUGGUUGAAAGAGUUGAUAAGGAAAACAUUUCUUUUGGUGCAGCUUCUGAUGGUGAUGGUGAUAGAAAUAUGAUUUAUGGUGCUGGUACUUUUGUAUCUCCUGGUGAUUCUGUUGCCAUUAUUUCCGAAUAUGCUGAUUCUAUUCCAUAUUUCAAAAAACAAGGUAUCUAUGGUUUAGCUAGAUCCAUGCCAACAUCAGGUGCCAUUGACUUGGUUGCCAAGAAUAAAGGUUUACAAUGUUAUGAAGUUCCAACCGGUUGGAAAUUCUUCUGUUCAUUGUUUGAUGCUAAGAAAUUGAGUAUCUGUGGUGAAGAAUCAUUUGGUACUGGGUCUAAUCACAUUAGAGAAAAAGAUGGGUUAUGGGCCAUUGUUGCAUGGUUGAAUGUUUUAGCUGAUUUCAAUCAAAAGAAUCCAGAAUCCAAAACAUCUAUUGAAAUUGUUCAAAAUAAAUUCUGGGAAAAAUACGGUAGAACAUUUUUCACUAGAUAUGAUUAUGAAAAUGUUUCAAGUGAAGGAGCCAAUGAAUUGAUGGAUUUGUUGGCAUCAAUUGUUGAUUCUAAGAAACCAGGUGAAGAAUUAGCUCCAGGUUAUGUUAUUAAAGAAGCUGCUAAUUUCUCUUAUACUGAUUUAGAUGGAAGUGUUUCACCAAAUCAAGGAUUAUUUAUUAAAUUUACUAAUGGAUUGAGAUUUAUUGUUAGAUUAUCAGGUACUGGAUCUUCAGGAGCUACCGUUAGAUUAUAUUUGGAAAAACAUAGUGAUGAUAAAUCAAGCUAUCAAACUAAAGUUGAUGAAUUUUUCGCUAAUGAUAUUAAAUUUAUUUUAGAAUUGUUGAAAUUUAAACAAUUCUUGGGUAAAGAAGAACCAGAUGUUCGUACUUAG